AUGGUGAGCUGUAAGGGUGUUUUGACUUACGGAUAUAUAAUGACUUACCGAAAGGUAGAGGAGGAUGAUGAUGCUGAAUCGCGAGAGGAAGAAGAGAAGGAAGAACUGAAAAACUAUUCAAGAAGAAAGAUUUUUUCCAACUGGAGCCGCUAUGUGGAUACAGAAAAAGAGGGACAGAGUGAACAUGGGGAAUUACAGAGAGGAACAGACUUCAGUGUUUUGCUUAGCUCAGCAGGAGAUUCCUUUACACAGUUCCAAUUUGCUGAUGAGAAAGAAUGGGAUAAAGAAAGCAUAUGCCAUAAGCAGUUAUCUGCGCUUUCUGUUGACUGCCAGUCUUUGGUCCAGGCCCUUCAGGAAUUGCCUCUCCACUUGAGGUUGAAUGUAGCUGCUGAACUUGUGCAGGCAUCAACACCUGUAGAGCUCCCACAGACGAGGUCUAAAAUUAUUGAAGACAGCAAGAGGAGAGAGUUUCUGUUCCGACAGUCUCUGGCUCAGAGUGAGACGGUGUUGGUCUCCAAUCCUGUUGGUGAUUCUGUUGCUCCAUCAAAGCCUGGAAGUAAAAAUGGGCCUAGGGCAAGUGCAGCAGAACCAUUUCAGAGACCCCAUCUGCUGUCAAAGCAAGAGACUGACCAUUUGGAUGAAGAACUAGAUCUUCUCCUAAAUCUGGAUGCUCCCAUUGAUACGGAAAACAGACCUAUGCCAGGGGCGCUAUCCUACAACAUAUCAACUGAGAAAGAUUUGAAAAUUGAUUGUAAGGAAAACGCCCCUUUAAAACUAGAUGUGCCUGAAGAGAAGAGUACAGCAUCACAGCAGCAGCAAACUACAUCUAAAAAUGUUACUGAGGAAGAGCUCGAAGAUUGGCUGGACAGCAUGAUUUCCUGA